AUGGCGCAGUUUCCGCUCGUUUCGCUGUGUGCUUUCGCGGUGUACGGCUACGCGACGUACGCGUACGCGUUCGAAUGGUCGCACGCGCGCACGCCCGGAGGUUUGGCGAACGUCGACGCGCAGCGAUGGAUCGGUGAUCUCUCGUUCGCGCUCCCGGCGUGCGCGACGACGGCGUACUUGAUGUUUUGCCUCGUCGGGCCGCGCGUGAUGGCGAAGCGAGAGGCGUUCGAUCCGAAAGGGCUCAUGCUGGCGUACAACGCGUAUCAGACGGCGUUCAACGUGUGCGUGCUCGGGAUGUUUAUUCGGGAGAUCGUGACGCUGAAACAACCGACGUGGGGGUCGAAGAUGCCGUGGAGCGAUAAACGGUCGUUUAACAUCUUGCUCGGGGUGUGGUUUCAUUACAACAACAAGUAUUUGGAAUUGCUGGACACGGCGUUUAUGAUUGCCCGCAAGAAGACGAAUCAACUGAGCUUUUUGCACGUGUAUCAUCACGCACUGUUGAUUUGGGCAUGGUGGUUCGUGUGUCAUCUGAUGGCGACGAACGAUUGCGUCGACGCGUACUUUGGUGCGGCGUGUAACUCGUUCAUUCACAUCGUGAUGUACUCGUACUAUUUAAUGGCGGCGCUCGGCGUGCGAUGCCCCUGGAAGCGUUACAUCACGCAGGCGCAAAUGUUACAAUUUGUCAUCGUUUUCGUCCACGCCGUGUUCGUCUUACGAGAAAAGCACUGCCCAGUCUCAUUACCAUGGGCGCAAAUGUUCGUCAUGGCGAACAUGCUCGUGUUAUUCGGUAACUUCUACCUCAAGGCGUACGCCGCCAAACCGUCGGGCAAAUCCUCGACGCGCGUCUCCGCCGCCAAACCGGCAACCAGGCGCACUCGAAGCCGUAAGAUCGAUUGA